AUGGAGGCGGAUGUUGGCCGCAGCAGUAAUCCAACCUCAACAAAGCAAAAACUCCGAAAAUUCCUCGAUGCCAAGGAUAAAGUGCUAACUGGCGAUGUUCCAAUCAGAGCUGUAAAUUUGGCCGGUUGGCUGGUAGCAGAAUAUGCUAUUACGAAAGGAUCUCUAGCCUGGGAAGGCGUACCAGAAGAUACGGCUAUUCAAGGAGAAUACAUUACGAUGAAAUAUUUGGGUUGUGAGAAAGGCGAUGCACAAUUCAAGGAGCAUCGUGUUCGCUUUAUUACCGAAGCCGAUUUCUGUGAGAUUGCCGGGUAUGGCUUCAACACGGUCCGGAUUCCGAUCGGCUACUGGUUGCGUGGGGCUGAUGGGUUUUCUGGAGACGAGCUAGACGUCGUCAAAACUUGGGCACCAGGUUCUGUGGAUUAUCUGGAUCGUGCUAUUCGAGAAUGGGCCUACAAAAAUAACCUCUUCGUGAUGAUAGCCAUCCAGGCAGCGAUGGGAAGCCAAAACGGGAAAGCAGCAAGCUCGCCACAGAAAUUAGGCCACAAUGGCUGGUGCGAAAAGCCCACCAAUGUCCAAAAUACGCACGCUUUUGCCGAGUGGUUGGCCCAGCGCUACCGGGAGGAUGCGGCUUUUCUAGGCAUCUCGCUACUCGAUGAGCCCGAAAACGUCGAAACACAGCCCCUAAAGCAAUAUUACUACGAUUGCAAUGGGAGGAUUAGGGAUAACGCCGAGUCGGACUGCUUGCUAUCGAUUUCGCCUUUGGUAGAUCAACAAUGUUGGUACAACAUUCGACACGAAUGGCAUGUUGACUACGCGGUAAACCCGAAAAUGCAGAGCUUUGGACAGGUUCUUGAUCACGUCAGAACAUCCGCUUCCAAACUAAUUACAAAUUGGGAGGGCCGGGACUUGUUCAUCGGGAAAUGGUCAUUAGACUGCGGAUUCCAGAUGACGGAUGAGGAGAUGAGAGAAUUUGCAAUGGCUCAACUCGAAGCCUACAAGUCGGCUCGAGGUGGAUGGUGCUUCUCUGCCUGGAAAUUCUACAAUGAUGACGCUCAGCCGAGAAACCAGCGAAGCGCCCGGCAGCUGCUCAAAAAUGGCAUUCUGUCGUCGAUCGAAGGCGUUGGGCUA